ACUUUGACUUCGGGUAUAAUUUUCGGUCUCGCUUUCCACCGUACCUGUUGAGCACACCUGAGGCAUCGGGCUGACAGUUCCCUGGCUGAUAGGAGGAGCCUGUGUGUCAAACAGAAACUUCCACCCACGCAGCCUGCUGCAUUCCUCUUUAAAUGAAUCUUUCACUUCGACUUUUUCUUUGCGUUUUCCAUUCUUGUCAAUAACCUGCAGGUCACUUGCGGAUUUGGUUUGACCUAAAAACUCACUUUCUCUUUUAUUCUAGUCUUAUCACAAUCCUAAAACUAUUAAGACAAACACACAAAGGGUUUCCGAAGAGUGUCAUUUGAUAGAUUGGGGUGUUUUAAUGUAGAUCAUUUAAAAACUGCAUAAACAUUUAUAUUUUUGUAGGUUAAAAUGUUCAUUCAAACGCCUCCAGUCAGUUAACUGAGAAGCGAUUCGUUUCUUCAGUUUAAAAGCAAACAACGGAAACUGAAAGUAUCAAGUGUCUCAAAAAAAAAAAAAAAGCUUUCGCUUUCGCUUGAAGAGCGCACUUUUAUCCGUGACUUCUGCAUUCAAGUUUGCAGUUAGACCAGUCAAUCCUAAACCUAUCGAUCUGGUCAGCCAAAGUACUUCAUUUCGACGUGAGAACUUGCGGUAGGAGUACCGUGAUCGGGGCCGCCUUUUUCGUUUGUGUUUUGAUUGUAUUUUCGGAGCGGCUGUGCACAUGUGACAUGUGAGAGUGGUUCCCGUGGAGCAUGUGCUGAAGAUGGAUGAAGGGACAAAGCUGCACCUGAAAGAGUGGCUGGUCGCGCAGAUAGAGAGCGGCAGAUAUGAGGGCCUGUGCUGGGAGGACGAGGCCAAAACCAUGUUCAGAAUCCCGUGGAAACACGCAGCCAAGAAGGACUACAAGCAGACGGAGGAUGCGGCUCUGUUCAAGGCCUGGGCUGUGUACAAAGGCAAAUACAAAGAGGGCAGGGACAGAGCGGAUCCCACCAUGUGGAAGACCCGCCUCCGCUGUGCUCUGAACAAGAGCACAGACUUCCAGGAGGUCCCUGAACGCAGCCAGCUGGACAUAUCAGAGCCCUAUAAGGUCUAUCGCAUCCAGCACCAUAAUUUCCAAGUCAGCCAAGCAGAGUUUCACGUGACAGAACAUCAAGUUAUCCGCAAGGUAAAGCCAUUUCCCAGAAGUCCCAGCUGUCCAGGCAAACAGCUUCUGUGUCAAAAGGAAGUGUUUCAGACAAACAGAGAAGAAAAACCAUCAGCUGUCCUGAUGAUGGAGCACAUGUACUGUGGCUUAUCAGGGAAAAAACCCCAAAGGGAGGCUCGUGCUCCUUUAGCCUUCCUCACUCCACCUCUUGAAAUAUCAGACUUCCGCCUGCAAGUGACUCUGUUGUACCAGGGCCAGACAGUUUUGAAGGCGACCACCAGGAGUACAGAUGGAUGUUUCAUUCUACAAGGUCGUGUUCCUUUGGGAAAUGAGAGCAUUUAUGGACCCUGCUCUGCCCAGCAGCUCUCUUUCCCUUCCCCAGGCUCCGUAUCCCUGCCCCCCUGCAUGGGAGAAGCAAUGAAUCGCCUUCUUUGUCACUUGGAAAGAGGUGUGCUAUUAUGGGUGGCCCCAGACGGAGUGUUUAUCAAACGGUUCUGCCAGGGCAGGGUGUACUGGAGCGGCCCCAUGGCCGAGCACACCAACCGCCCAAACAAGCUGGAGCGAGAAAAGACUUUCAAACUGCUCGAUAUACCCAUUUUUCUUCACGGGCUUCAGAGCUGCUUACAGGGAAAGGGCCCCCCACCUCCGUAUAAGAUUGAGCUCUGCUUUGGAGAGGAAUAUCCAGACCCCGGUGUGCCGAAAAGCAAAAAGCUCAUCAUGGCUCAGGUGGUUCCCUUGUUUGCAGAGGAACUGUUGCAGAGGUUCAACUUUGGAGAGAUAGACGAGAAUCGCACCCGCAUCUUCAAAACAGAAGAAGAAAAAAUGCAAGAACCGUGAUGAUUCUUAGAAUGAGGCUAAAUUCCAUUAGAUGAUAAAAGUGUAUAUUGAGCUUGUUAAUAUGCAGGGCCUCAGCUUAAUUACAGUAAUGUACUUUAUUUAAUGUUUUUUUUAUGUAUUGUACUGGUGGGUUGAAUGUGCAGCAAGAUUUGCUUGUAACGUAUGAACAUCUGGACACAUAUCUCCAUAUAUAAUGCUAAUAAUAUGCGGUCAAUGUGAAUUUUUUUUAAAUCCCUGUGUUAUGUGGCACCCAUACAAAGCAAAUAAUGUUUCCAGUUUAUAUGACACAAUACAGAGAAUAAAUUCACUCUCAUAAAUAAA